AUGUCAAUCACCUGUCUCGCCCGCCUGGCAAGGUGCAGCGGGCCCCACGUCGGCCGCAGCGGCCUCCCCCAAAUGGCCGUAGCGCCACUUCUCAUCAAGCGGGCCGUCACCCUCCGCUGCAGGCGUCUCCACACCCCUUCAGACAAGCGUCGCAGCGGCUCGCGCUUCGACCCCGACAGCAGCGGGAAGCCCACCACCUGGGACUCCUUCGGCAUCUGGGACAACCGCAUCGACGAGCCCAUCCUGCUGCCGUCCAGCAUCCGCUACGGAAAGCCCAUCCCCAAGGUCAGCUUGUCCAAGGUGGGCUGCGCCUCACUCAUCGGUCAGCGCAAGGAGAACGAGGACCGCUUCCAGCUCUCGCAAAUCACCGACAACCUCAUUUACUUCGCCGUCUUCGACGGGCACGGCGGGCCAGAAGCCGCCGAUUUUUGCGACAGACACAUGGAGACGUUUAUCAAGGACCUUGUGGCUGACGAGGACAAUCUGGAACUGGUUUUAACUCGAGCUUUCCUGGAAGUUGACAAAGCUUUAGCCAAGCAUUUGCGCCGCUCCUCAGACGCGCCCGGGGCGAACGCGGGCACCACCGCCACGGUGGCGCUGCUGAGGGACGGCAUCGAGCUGGUGGUGGCCAGCGUGGGCGACAGCCGCGCCAUGUUGUGCCGCAAGGGCAAGGCGCUCAAGCUCACUGUGGACCACACGCCCGAGAGGAAGGACGAGAAAGAAAGGAUCAAGAGGAGUGGCGGUUUCAUCACCUGGAACAGUUUAGGGCAGUCCAACGUCAACGGCAGGCUAGCCAUGACGCGAAGCAUCGGGGACUUUGACUUGAAGGACAUGGGGGUCAUCGCGGAACCAGAAACCAAGAGAGUGUCGCUGAGCCACGUGCACGACUCCUUUCUGGCGCUCACCACCGAUGGCAUCAACUUUAUCAUGAACAGCCAGGAGAUCUGCAACGUCAUCAACCAGUGUCACGACCCCAAGGAGGCGGCGCAGCGCAUUUCUGAGCAGGCUCUCCAGUACGGUUCUGAAGACAACAGCACCAUCAUCGUGGUGCCUUUCGGCGCUUGGGGCAAGCACACCAGCUCGGACAGCGGUUUCUCCUUCAGCCGGAGCUUCGUGUCGAGCGGACGCUGGGCGUAG